CAUGUGCAGCGGAUUGGCUAGCGAUGUAAACCGGGCAGGAAACUCGGAUAACCGCGUUUGUUUUGUAACAGAUGCAUUCUGUCACUCUUUUCCGUAUAUUAUAUUAUUUUACUCUUCGUGAGUGAUUCUUAUGUUUGGGAAAAGUGGAACAAAGUUUCAACGGUAGCCGGUUAUACUUUAGCCUGAGAGCACUAAUUCAAAAAUGGCAUUUGGAUUAGCUAUGUAGUUAGCCACUUGUCAAGUAGUAUGCAACAUCUUUCUCUUCUACAUUUAUUUUUUGAUUACAUAGUUACCGUGCAACCCAAUUAUUUUUACGCAAUGUCUACACUUCCUCAAAACAAUUUAAAAGAGCAGCUUAAGCGGUUCAGCAGCGCAGCCGCACGAAGCAAGUCUUCAGCCAAAUCAAAGCCAGGGAUGUUUUGUUUCAAAAGGAAGUCUACCCUAGGCAGUGACAAAAAAGCUGAAAUGCCUCAAAAGGUGCAUGUGUAUUUACAAACUCAACUUUGGGAAGAGGUCAAGACACAGACUUUAAACCCAGUGGCUAAUCCAUUUACAGUAAGUAAACAUACCCUUACUGAGCCGUCCAUUAUCAAAGUGCAUAAAUUACAAAAAAACAGACCCACAAGCACCAGUGGUGUUGAAACUAUACAGUUUGCUGAGGAAUACAUUUCAUCUGCAAUUCCCUUGAACAAAUGGGACCACUCUGAUGAGUUUGAAACUACAGUCAAAGGAAAAUCGGCAGGACCACACAAAGACCUGUCACCUAAAGAAGUUCAUGCUGUUGAUCAGGGUGGUGUCAAAAGUGAAUCCCUUUUGUGUACAACAAAAUGCCUAAUUUCAGUUGAACAAGUCAAGAGCAAUGCCACUCGCAUGGAGCCUAAAGUUAAGGGGAAUUUCAACUGUUUAACAGUGGUUGAUGAUACUCUCUUCAGUGUCAUGAAGUCUAUUUGUUGUCUGGUUGACACAAUCCCUGAACAGGAGCUUAUAUCUCUUACUUGUGGCACAGAAUUGCUUUUACUGAGAGCUCACAGGAAGAGGAUUAUUGCUGAUGCAGCAUUGUUGGAAAAGCAGCAGUCAAACAACAGAACCAACACUCAUUUCGAAUCACUUCCCAAAACAAGUUCAGCUGUCACAAACAAAGGCGACAUUUCUUCUACACCCAUUAAAUUCUGUAAAUCCAAUGCUUCUGCUUUGUCCCUGGAUUACAACAAAAGUAUAAUUAAGGAUUCAGACUGCAUUAAUAAUGAUCUGCUUAAAGGGGACACCCGCAGUCUAAAUCCUUCCACAGCACAGGCUCUGAUUCAACACACAGAAAUAAUCUCUGGGCUGAACAAUGGAAAUGGAAACACUUUUAAGAAUACUGUGGUGGCACAGAGAAAGAAUGUGGACAGCAAAGCAUUAGUUGGUGGGUCUGGCUUAGAAGAUUACAAAGAACCAGAUGACAUGGGUUACUUCUGCACAGGUGAUUUUGACAUUGAUGACUUCAGUGAAAAUGAUAUACCUGAUUAUUGUGAGAAACCUGCAGCUUUAUCUCUGCUAUUGAGUUCCAAUGAACUACCACAGCCAUUUUGUGAAGGAGGACUCUCCUGUGAUCAAAAGAAUGUUGCCACCGUUGCUGCUGUUAAAAAGUCUACUAAACUAGGUUUCCCUGUAGUCAGUAAAAUUCAACGCGUCUCUGAAGAGGUUACAUCCAGAAAUCCUGCCCAUGACCGCUUCCGGGGCUUCAACUUUCCCCAUUCCCCGGAGAUGAUGAAGAUUUUUCAUAAGAAGUUUGGUCUUCAUCAGUUCAGAUUCAAUCAACUUGAAGCCAUCAAUGCUACUCUGCUGAGAGAGGACACAUUUGUCCUAAUGCCUACAGGAGGGGGUAAAAGCCUUUGCUAUCAGCUGCCUGCCUGUGUCUCUGCCGGAGUGACUGUGGUAAUAUCGCCACUUCGUUCCCUUAUAGUGGAUCAAGUCCAGAAGCUUACAACUUUAGAUGUCCCUGCCAUUAGCUUGUCUGGGGAAAAAAGUGACCAUGAAGCUGGGCGAAUCUACAUGCAGCUUUCUAAAAAUGAUCCAGUUAUCAAACUGCUGUAUGCCACUCCUGAAAAGAUUUGUGCAAGUGGGAGGAUGGUCAGUGCUCUGCAGAAUCUGUAUGAGCGAGGCUUACUUGCUCGCUUUGUCAUCGAUGAGGCACACUGUGUGAGCCAGUGGGGACAUGACUUCAGGCCAGAUUAUAAGCGGAUGCAUGAACUGCGGCAGAAGUUCCCCAAAGUUCCUAUUAUGGCAUUGACUGCCACAGCCACACCUCGGGUCCAGAAAGACAUCCUUAACCAGUUGGCUAUGACUCGACCACAAAUUUUUUCAAUGAGCUUUAACAGGCAAAAUCUAAAGUAUUCUUUGUUACCUAAAAAACCCAAGAAAGUUGAAGAGGACUGCAUUAACUGGAUAAAAAAACACCAUCCAUAUGACUCAGGAAUUGUGUACUGUCUCUCACGGAAUGACUGUGACUGCAUGGCAGAGUCUCUUCAAAGGGCUGGUAUUGCAGCACUAUCAUACCAUGCUGGGAUAAAUGACAGUGACCGAGAGUAUGUGCAAAACAAAUGGAUCAACCAGGAUGGAUGCCAGGUCAUAUGUGCUACAGUAGCAUUUGGAAUGGGCAUUGACAAGCCUGAUGUGCGUUAUGUGAUCCAUGCCAGCCUGCCCAAGUCAAUGGAAGGCUACUACCAAGAAUCUGGCAGAGCUGGCCGGGAUGGCGAAAUCUCCCACUGCAUUCUCUUCUAUUCUUACACAGAUGUCAUUCGCAUUAAAAGAUUAAUAGCCAUGGACAAAGAAGGUAACCAUCAGUCCAAAGCUACUCACAUAAACAACCUGCACAGCAUGGUACAUUUCUGUGAAAAUGUAACAGAAUGUAGGAGGGUCCAGCUUCUUGCAUACUUUGGAGAGCGCACAUUUAAUACAGAUUUUUGCAAGCAACACGCAGAGGUCAUGUGUGACAACUGUGCGCGACCACACCAAUACAAUGCAAGAAAUGUGACCGAGGAUGUGAAGAAGAUUGUGCGGUUUGUACAGGAAAACUGUCAGAAGGUUGGUGGUAGAUGUGCCAGAUCUUACCAGCAAAACAGAUUAACUCUGAACAUGUUGGUCGACAUUUUUCUUGGCUCGAAAAAUGCCAGAAUCAAAUCAGGCAUAUAUGGGAUUGGAUCAUUGUACUCCAAACACAAUGCAGAAAGGCUUUUUAAGAAACUAGUGCUGGACCACAUUCUCAUGGAGGACCUGUACAUUACUAAUAAUGGACAAGCUGUAGCCUAUAUAUCAGUUGGCCUUAAAGCCAUAGAUGUCCUCAGAGGCAUCUUGCAGGUGAAUUUCCAUGAAACUGAGAGUGCCUCUAGCAUUAGAAAGCACAAAGCCAGUGUGACCAGGGCUGUUUCUGAAAGGGAUGAAAUGGUGAAGAAGUGUCUGAAAGAACUUAAUGAGCUGUGCAAAAAGCUUGGAAAAGUGUUUGGUCUCCAUUACUAUAACAUCUUCUCAACAGUCACAUUAAAAAAGAUUGCUGAAACUUUGUCUGCAGACCCUCAGGUGCUGUUGCAGAUUGAUGGUGUGACUGAAGACAAACUGGAGAAGUAUGGAGCUAAACUCAUUGAGCUGUUGCAGAAAUAUUCACAAUGGCAGCUGUCAGUUGAAGAGAAGACUGAGAGAUCUCAUUCUAUUGAUGAUAAUGAUGAUGCCAGCAUGUCUGCCUACUUCAAGAGCAAUGUUCAAGGAGAAAAGAGAAAAAAAACACCUUUAUUAAAGAACUCCAAAAAGCGCAAGGGUUGCAACACCCUGAACUCCUUUAAAGGUGGAAACUGGUCUUCAUCUAAAAGAAGACACAUGCGUGUAGAUAGAGUCUCUAAACACGCUCCUUCAGCUCUACAAACUGGGAAACCUGGCUUUAUGACCCUGCCCAUCCCUCUGAGUGCUGAGCAGACAUUCCUCAAACCAGUCUUCUCUUAACUGAGACCACAUGCAGUUUUUAUUCUCCUCUUUGAGUCACACCUAUGUAUUCUGCUUUUUUGCCUGAAUUUUAUGUAAUAUAUAUUAAGCCCAUAUUUGUAUGUAUGUUUUGUUUUUAUAUUGUAUAGUUCAAUAAACAGAUGUUUUAUAUUGUUUUUACAUUAGUUUUAGAAUUUGUCAUUUUAUUC